UGUGCACGCCCCCCCCUUCAGUCAACUUCUCUAUCCGACACGUUUAUGAGUCCGUUUUUAAUCUAAAGUGAACCCUGGGUGCAGAUAUUAAGAAAACACGAGUGGAUAAUGACGUUGGUGUGAUUUUUUAACGAAGGCGCAGACGACACAAGGAAACACGUUACAGAAACGUGACGGACAUAAAGUUGCAUAAUGGCUGGAUCUGACCAAUCAGAGCGCUCCGUUCCUCGUCACGCGUGGCCGACGACUUCAGCAGGUAGAGGAAAUAACUCGUUUCAAAGUGUUGCAGGUUUAGAGUCAAUGUAGACUUUGCGUGGACGUGCGGGAACAAACCGGAAGUGUCCGCGCGGUGAUUUGUGUUACGGGGGUUUCACCAAAGUUAGAAACCUGCCGGUGACUGGACAUGUUUCUAUUCUGAACUUAAUAACGUAAAAUUGCUUGCGUUGCUAGUUGACGAGUAUCGGGAGUUGUCGUGUUGUUUUUGCGUCUGUUUGUUGUUUUUUGCGUGGUCUCCUGCUGUCCACACAUGCAGCUCAUUCUGUGGAUACGUUCACGCAGGAAGCUUAAACCAUAAACCCGUCAACGCUUCUUCACAAACCACGUUAACAACACUGAUCCGUCCUCGGAUGGUAAUGGACACCUGAUUAUUUUUCUACAGUGUCAACGCAAGAGGGCGCCAUUUUUUUGUUGGUGUGUGUGUGUGUGUGUGUGUGUGAGGGAACCCCACCAGUAAAAAGAGGAACGCAGGCGACAUGGUGGUCAACUCCAUCCACUGGUUCCGGAAGGGACUGCGGCUGCACGACAACCCGUCCCUGAGGGACUCCAUCCGCGGGGCUGACUCCCUGCGCUGCGUCUACAUCCUGGACCCCUGGUUCGCAGGCUCCUCCAGCGUGGGCAUCAACAGGUGGAGAUUUUUGCUGCAUUGUUUGGAGGACUUGGAUGCCAGCCUGCGCAAACUCAACUCCCGCUUGUUUGUCAUAAGAGGCCAGCCUACCGAUGUCUUCCCUCGUCUGUUUAAGGAAUGGCAGAUCACAUGUUUAUCUUAUGAAUAUGACUCUGAGCCUUUUGGCAAAGAGCGUGAUGCCACCAUUCAAAAACUGGCCAACGAGGCUGCGGUGGAGGUUCUGGUGCGGGUUUCACACACCCUCUAUGAUCUGGACAAGAUCAUAGAACUCAAUGGCGGUCAGACUCCUCUCACCUACAAGAGCUUCGAGGUUCUCAUCAACUGCAUGGAUCCUGUGGAUGUGCCUGCAGAGACAAUCACAUCUGAGGUCGUUAGAAAAUGUGCCACGCCCAUUGGAGCAGACCAUGAUGUAAAGUUUGGGGUGCCCUCUCUGGAAGAGCUUGGAUUUGAGACAGAGGGCCUGAGCACAGCAGUGUGGCCAGGUGGAGAAACAGAAGCUCUCAUGAGACUAGAGCGGCAUCUGGAGAGGAAGGCAUGGGUGGCAAACUCCGAGUGUCCACGUAUGAAUGCGAACUCCCUGCUGGCCAGUCCCACAGGGCUCAGCCCCUACCUGCGCUUUGGGUGUCUCUCUGCUCGUCUCUUCUACUUCAAACUCACAGAUCUUUAUAGGAAGGAGAAGGAAAACAGCAAGCCGCCACUUUCCUUUUAUGGGCAGCUGCUGUUGAGGGAGUUCUUCUAUACGACUGCCACCAACAACCCCUGCUUUGACAAGAUGGAGGGAAACCCUGUGUGUGUCCAGAUCCCUUGGGACAGAAACCCAGAGGCGCUGGCCAAGUGGGCAAAGGGACGGACGGGCUUUCCCUGGAUAGACGCCAUUAUGACCCAGCUAAGGCAGGAGGGGUGGAUCCAUCAUUUGGCCAGGCGUGCCGUGGCCUGCUUCCUCACGAGGGGAGACCUGUGGAUCAGCUGGGAGGAAGGCAUGAAGGUCUUUGAGGAGUUGCUGUUGGAUGCAGAUUGGAGUGUGAAUGCUGGCAGCUGGAUGUGCUUCUCCUGCAGUUCAUUUUUCCAGCAGUUCUUCCGCUGUUACUGCCCUGUGGGAUUUGGACGACGCACAGACCCCAACGUCGAAUACAUAAGGCGUUACUUGCCCAUAUUGAGAGACUUUCCAGCCAAAUACAUCUACGAUCCCUGGAGGGCCCCAGAGGAAGUGCAGAAAGCAGCCAAGUGUAUCAUCGGAGAGCACUACCCCAAGCCCAUGGUGAACCAUGCUGAAGCCAGCCGCAUCAACAUUGAGCGGAUGAAGCAAAUUUACCAGCAGCUUUCCUGCAAUAGAGGACUGGGCCUUCUGGCAACAGUACCUGCCAAUCCACACAAUGGUGCAAGUGGCAGUAACAUGGGGACCGGUCGAGGUCCAGGAGGGUCCUCUGAAGAACUGUACAGUCAGAAGGGAACUUCUCCAACAGAAAGAAGACAGUUGACGCAGAAGCGGCGCUGUGAAGAGGCUCCAUCUGGAAACAGCUCUAAAUCCUGGAGGCAGAGCAAGUAGACGAUGGGCAAGAGACGGUAUACAAAGGGUGCCUCUGUCGCUAUGCUCUCAUAGCAUUCGCUCCCGCUGUGCCCUCAGCUAACACACAGUAACUGUAGCUAACAACCACGAAGAAGAACAAAUGUGCUGCUGGAGUUCAAUGGAGCUGGUUUGUCUGAAGAACUCAUUUCAGAUAAUAGCGUUGGUUGUCAUUUAAGAUCAUCACAUGUUGGACUGGACAGUCGGCACAACGCGUCUCGGUCUGCAGAUGCAGACGCGUCACACAUCUCAGGCACAGAGGAAGGAAUUGAGACAAAUUGGUCAUAUUUGUGGGGGAAAUUAAAAGGAUCUUUGAAGUUUCGACAUGAAGGUGUUGUGAGGACAGCUCUUGUCUUCCACUGCCGCAGUGGUUCUCAAACUUUUUCGGACCUGCCCCCCCCCGCCCCUACAGAGGCUAAAAUACUUCUCGUCCCCAUUUGCCCCUCUCGCAUAUCUUGAUAAUACGCUCCAAAUAAAGCCCCAAGUCAUGUCACAUGGCGGCACAUGCAGGUUACAAGACAACUUAAUUAGCUGAAAAUCUGAAUAAUGUAAGAAGCAUUAUCCUUUAAAGAUAAACAUUAGUCACAGCUGGCUGGUCAUGAUGUAGCAAUAAGUGUUUAGCGUGUGGUUCAGUUGCUAAUAUUGACUUAAGGUUUGUGACUUAACUCGAGCUAGGACUUUAUUACCCAAAUAUUUUUGCUUUUUGGUCUGGAGAUGUAUGCGCUCUCUGAGUGCCCCUCUAGUUCAGUAACCUGACAGGUCUUUGACUGUAGGAGAGUCAAACACCAGCUAAAUACUGGCAAACAAAACAUUUUAACUUUUUUGUGUUACCAUGAAAAAGUGUAAAAUGGAAAAACUAUAAAAUGAAAUAAUAAACGUCUGUUCAUUGUGGGUGUAAUUACCCAGAUGACUCUAGAGUAGAGAGCAGUCACAUUGUAAAGGGUUCAAGUAUGUAACAAUACAAUGAUAAGAGUCAGUGGCAGUUGAUUAUUAACCAAACUGAUAAUGAAAUGAUGACAAAUUCAGGAUAAAAUCCCGGUGUAAAAGUUCUGUUUAGGUUCAUCAGUUACGAUUCUAGUUAAAUCAUAUAUCAUUUCCAUUCAACCCAAUAUCUUUCCCCUGGUCAUCCAGUGUCUCUCCCUCCAAGUGGCUCUAUAGCCCCUUUUCCUCUGGGCAAAAACCCCACUAACAUCUGGCUUUUGUCUGCGGUGGGAAUAGAUUCCAUGUGACCUCCACGAAGGAGGAGCACCCAGUUUGAGAACCACUGCACUCAAGUAUGUUUGACCUCCACACCUUAUUGUAAAAAACAUUUUGAUUGAUGGAAAUCUAAAGGUCUGUCUGACGUCCUCAUCCUGUGUUUGCACACCCACAUUAGGAAGGUUAGGGACAAUUGGAAGUCUUAUAUUUUGUAAAUAAUUAUUGCUUUUGAUUUCCAACUUUUGUAUAUUUGGUUAUGGAUUUUCACAGCUACCUUUUGUAAAUAAUGUGUCACCAAAACUCAAAGGUCCUACCGUGAAUGCAUGUGCUUUUGUCUCCAAUGUGAUUGUAAAUCUAUUAUUUUUCUAACUCUAUUGAGAUUACAAUGUAAGACGCAAACAUUGUUGUAUAUAUUUUUAUUUUCUUUCACUAUUAAUCAAAUGUUAUCUCUUCACAAAGGGAAUUCAUGUAAUUGUGAAAAAAAUUUUAAAAAGUUUUCAUGAAAUUAGUUUCUUUGCAAAUUUAACAAAUUAAAUAGUUUUGGUUUUGUUAAACAUUUGGAAAGGAACCUUAUCUCAGGGUCUCAACAGGCAGGGAUGGUACCUCCCAAGUACAAGGAGAGGUCACAUCUGAAUUCUUCUCAGUGGCUGAUAAGGUUUGUCCAUCUCAUUGAAGAUUCUGUCACAGCUCAUAUUUUUGGCCAAAGCAGAAAAACCCAAAUGGAUUUAACAUCAAUGUUACAGUUGUGAUUUUCCUGCUUUGACGAGCCAAACUAUCUGAUGUCCCAGGGGUUUAUUAUAGUAUCACAGAUACUGAUAAGUGUCGCAUUAUAAUGCGAAAUGUUAUAAAAAUGUGUUUUUUACAUAAGGUAUUUUCACAUUGUUAUAUAUGAACUUGUGUUAUCAUGGGAAAAAAAUCACUUUUAAUGUGAAAACCUCCUAUGUUGUUAAACAUGAAACCUUUUUACAUUAUAAUAUGCAAUUUGUUUGUAAUUACAUGUUUUUCCACAUAUUUUUUGCUUGUCAUACAAACUUUUCACAUUAAAAUGUUAUUUUUUCUCAUAACAUGUAAAUGUUCCUAUAUUUUUUAACUGUGAUGUUUUACAUUGUUUCCUGAAAAGAUUUUUUGCAAUAACAAGCAUUCCACAUUAUAAAAGUUCCUAUGUUGUCAAAACAUGAAACAUUUUACACAAUGUGAUAAAUAGUGUAAUAAUGUGAAACAUUUCUUGUUUUAGUGGGAUAAGUUUUUAUGUUUCAAUAAUGUAAAUGUCAUGUUAUAAAGUUGAAUUAUAACAUGAAACGCAUCUUGUUAUUACAAUAAACUUUUUAUAAUACGAUA